UGUCAUGUGCGAGGGUUGGCUCUUCGUGCGCGCAGAACAGGUGGCUAGUGGAGCCGUGGAGGUGCCAAUGCAGUCAUUUGAGUUAUGAUGGCGAUGCGGUCCUUGCAAACCUCUCGCUCCGCACCGCAGAGGAAGCGUUCAAGAGCUUCAUCUACUCAAAUGCCCUUCGUGAAAAGUCCCAGUCUUAACAGUUACAGUCUGUGGGCUGAGAUGACUGUCAUGAUGGCCUAUCAUUUCGAAUGAGAAUCAUUGUUCAGCCAUUCACUUCGAUGUUCCCGGAGAAAAGCUUCAACUUUUGCUGCGUGCUACAAAACGGCAUCCACUACUUCGUUGGGCGCGAAUUGGCUGAACAAUGCAAGAAGUGCCCGUGAAGUCUUCCCCAACCCCCGACUUUCCCGGCUUUCGACCGCCUUCUCUUCCUGCAACGAUCCUCCGCAUGGUCGAUUGCACUUGCUAUUUUCUCACUUUGUAUGUCUCUCUUGCGGUUGUUUCGCUGCCGGCUGCCUAGUUACAAAUUGGUGUAUGUGAGCUCAUGUGUGCAGAAAUAUGUCUCCCCUUGCAUCGUUGGGG